CGUCUGCAGGGUGAAUUCAAACCUUUUGGUCCAAACAGCGUGGAAGCUUGAUGUGGAAACACGUGGGUUCGAAGCUCUGGUUUCACUCCUCCUCCUCCUCCUCCUCCUGCAACACAUGAACAACAGCCUGCAGAGACUCCACAGCCGAGUAAACCAGCACACCACCUCCAGGCCUCCAUGGACGUCCACGGGUUUGUGAUGGGGGAGGAUGAGGAGGAUGAGGAAGACGCAGCCAUUCAGUACCUGAUCGAACAGAGUCUGCUGGAGAGCAGCAAAUCCAGAGAGACACCCAGAGGCCCGGGGGGCUCCGGCAGCAGGAGCUCUGGACAGAAACCUGCAGCUCUGGACCUGAUCUUCACCGCUAUAAGACAAGGUGAUGAGAAGCAGCUGAGGAGUCUGAGCGUCAGGCAGAAGGAGGAGUUCAGUCAGACGGACAGCAGAGGCUGGACGCCGCUCCACGAGGCGGCGGCUCAGAGGAACCAGAGCGUCCUGGAGCUCACGUUCUCCGCCUCGGGCCCGGAUUCGCUGGAGCGGCGGACCCCCCGCGGCCAGACGGCGCUCUUCCUGGCGGUGGAACGCGGCCUGAUAGAAAACGCCUCCUUCCUCCUGGACCGUGGAGCCAAGCCGGACUGCCAGGACCAGGAGGAGGACUCGCCGCUGUUUGUGGCGAUUCGCUCUGACCGCUGCGACCUGGUGAAGCUGCUGCUGCUGCGCGGCUCCCAGGUGGACCAGCAGGGCUGCCACGGCCGCCGGCCGCUCCACGAGGCGUCCCGGCUGGGCAGGGCGGCGCUGGCGGGCCUGCUGCUGGAGGCGGGGGCGCGGCCCGACCCCCGCAGCCACUUCGGCCUCACGCCGCUGGCCCUGGCCGCGCAGGGCGGACACCUGGAGGUGGUGGAGCUGCUGCUGAGGAGAGGAGCCGACGUCCUCUCCCAGGCGCAGGACGAAGCCUCCAUCCUGUACGAGGCGUCGUCCUCCGGCGACCCGGCCGUCGUCAGCCUGCUGCUGGAGUACGGCGCCGACGCCAACGUGGCCAAACACACCGGGCACAUGCCCAUCCACCGCCUGGCCCACCGCGGACACCUGGAAGCUCUGAAGCUGCUGCUUCCUGUCACCUCCAUCGGGGAAGUCAACGACAGCGGGAUGAGUCCUCUUCACUCCGCGGCUGCAGGAGGACAUGCACACUGCAUCAAGGCCUUGCUGGAUGCAGGCUAUGACCCGAACUACAUGCUCCAUCCCUGGGUUCGCCGUAGCUACGACGAUGAGAGGAAGUCGGCUCUCUUCUUCGCCGUCACCAACAACGACGUCCCGUCGGCGAGGCUGCUGCUGGAGGCCGGCGCCAUGGCCAACCAGGACCCGGUCAAGUGUCUGCAGGUGGCGCUGCGGCUGGGAAACUAUGAGUUGAUCAACCUGCUGCUGCGCUUCGGAGCAAACGUCAACUACUACUGCAAGGUCAACACCACGCACUUCCCGUCGGCGCUGCAGUACGCGCUGAAAGACGAGGUGGUCCUCAGGAUGCUGUGUAACUAUGGUUACGACGUGGAGCGCUGCUUCGACUGUCCCUACGGCAACAGCUCGCACGUUCCUGAAGACUACGAAGGAUGGAGCAACACGGUGAUCAAGGACACCAUGUUCUGUGAGGUGAUCUCCGUCUCGUGGCUGAAGCACCUGUCGGGGCGCCUGGUCCGGAUCCUGCUGGACUACGUGGACCACGUGAGCCUGUGCUCCAAGCUGAAGGCGGUGCUGAUGGAGCAGGAGCAGUGGCCCGAGAUCUGCAGCCUGCAGGAGAACCCGCGCCGCCUGCAGCACCUGUGCCGCCUGCGGAUCCGCCGCUGCCUCGGCCGCCUGCGGCUCCGCUCGCCGGUCUUCAUGAGCUUCGUGCCGCUGCCGGAGCGCCUGAAGGACUUCCUGCGGUACCGGGAGUACGACCUGCUGACCUGAC